GCGAAGAACCGGGUUCCUGCCUUUUAUCGAUUUAAGUUUGUUAUGGUUAUUGCAUUUUCACCUGAAACCAUUUAUUUUUACUGAAUUUUUGAAAUUAUAGUACAAUGUAGGCAAAUUCAGAAUAAAUCGUUAAUUAUAUUACCACUAGCUUUGUUAACUUGAAAUUUUUGAAAUUCCCGAUCCACAAUCCAGAAUAAAUCGUUAGUUUUAUUACCACUAACUUUGUAAACUAAAAUUUAUGAAAUUCCCGAACUAAAAUAUCCCAAAUUUUAUAUUAAUAUAAAACAGUGUCGGCCGUCGAAGUAACUUACGAAACUUGGGAGCCAGAGACGUCCAUCCAAAUUGAAAGAAAACAGUUCAUGAUUUUCUUUUCUCAAAGAAUAUUUUUUUUUUGUCCUCUCUCAAAGAAUAUUAGUUAUUUAGUUUUCUCGAUAAGAUUUUAACUCUUUCGACAAAGCAAUCAAAAUCAACUUUUCUGAUUUAACAUUAAACAAAUAUGACCAAUGGAUCUCUACCCGUAUUACACUUUUUGCAUAUGCGAACAACUAGAGACUAAUCUAAUUACCAUCACCAUAAAGAAUAAACUUAGUUUAAUAUAUCUCUUCUCUCUUUAUUUUUUUCUACGUGAGAAAGAAGUUUACUAAAGACAUACGAAAAGAAAAAAAAGAUAACAAACUAUUAAAAUCCAUAAAGACAGACACGGCUCAAAUAAAAUUUGUAUAAUGAAAAAAAAACUGUAUAAUGCAGCUGUUAUCAUUGCACUAAUUAAAUAUUGUUUUGCUUUAAUGUGAAUUUAUAUUCUAAAGUAAUCGCGUCGCUUUUGUUGGUGGUUAGAUCAAUCUUCAGUAUCUGUAUUUACCAGAUAUCUGCUCCAGUUGUCCAACAUGUUAGAUCUUUUUCUUUUGGGUGCAAUCCAACAUGUUAGAUCUACGAGACAUUAAUUGAGCUAUUUAGAAGUGAUAGUUUACAAGUUUAGACAUUUAUAUUUUAAUAAUAAUUUCAAAUCAGUUCCAUAUGUUUCUAUUUUUCAUAUCUAAAACUCUAUCUCAUUCGUAAUAACUCAUAUGUGGAAUUCAGAAUUUUUGGAAUAUAGUUGAUGUAUUUUUAUGUCUUUAACAAAAGUCCAUGAGAAAUCUUUUGGCAUUCAUUAUAAAGUCUUUUAACAUAAAUUGAAGUUCUUAAAUUUAACUUCGGACCUCAUAAUAUUACAUGUAAGAAAUUUAAUUCAGUGUUUUCUAAAAACCCCUAAACAGUUUUGUUUUAUUAAUAAGCAUGUUCGUUUUAAAGCCGCAGCAACUGGCAUCAGCGGCAAUAUACAAAACUACGACGGAAAUAAUUUUCGCGUCAGUCGCCAAGGAUCGAUUAGAAACAAAAAAUUAGAGUUGCCGUUGCUGCUGUUAUUUCUAGCGUCGCAUCUGCCAGUUAUUAUUGGCUGUAGCGACUGAAAAAUGAAAUUUCUUUAUCCGCGACUGUGAUGUAUUUGUGUGAUCGUAGCUGUUAUUUUGAAGACGUUGCCGCUGUAGCUGGCGUUUAUUAAACGAACAGGCCUAAUAACUCUGAUGCUAUCAAACUGUACAGCUAUGUCAUAAUUUUAUAACCACAGCAUAUAAAGAAAUAUAUGAAAUUUCAUUCCUAGAUAGCUUGAAACUACAAUAAUAUUCUCUAGAUCACGUAUAAUUUAUUAUGUUAAAAAUAUGUACAUUUUAAUAUACAUAGUGUUAGUUUUUUUUUCGUUUUCUGGUGGGAGACUCAAACUAGAAAAUCCUUUAUAAAACCAAGAAAAAACAAGUCUUUUAACGGUUGAGAUCAUAAGUAUCGGACCCAUAGACUUAUUUUUCCUAUAUUGAAACAAAUUUAUAAAAAAAAAACUCCUAUAUGCGUAGUAAAUAUAAUGUUUCCGUUAUAUAUAGACCAUAAGUUUCUUCAUUAAUCCCACUUUAGUUUCUUUAAAUCCCACCCCUCAAAGCAUAAGCCAAACCUCUCUUUCUCAUAUGCAAACACACGACCAGAUGGAGGUAUGUUCAACAGUCACGACCAAGAAGCUCUCAAGCCUCGCGAAACUAAUCCUCUUCACCAUCCAGAAGGUCUCAGACGCCUCACGUCACAAACUCCUCACUACUCUCGAUCCACACUUACUCGCAAAACACGGCAAGACCCUACGCAAGUCUCUGAACGACGUCGUAUCAACUUCCCACUCCCGCAUCACGUGCCGUCCCUUCGACCACGACGACGUACGAUCCUCCUUCAUCUCGCCUGUCCCCAUCCAGCUCCACUACGAGUUCAGCUGCAGCAGCACCCCACCGAGACGUUCCUACGCCUCAACCACCACCGGCUACCACGUCAGCAUAGGACGACGCAAACCGCUUAUCAACAAACGCCAACGCCACGCGUAUAUAAGGUACAACACGCUCCCUAAGGUCCGACACGUGGCGGCGGCCGUGUUUCCUGACGUAGCUAGCAGCACGGGAACCAUGGAUAGCUGCUACGUGGACAGAGCCGCCGAGGAGUUUAUACAGAGGUUCCAUAGACAGCUGAGGUUGCAGAGGUGGAUGAUGGCUCAGGAGGUUUAGAACAUGAGAACAUUUGAUUCGUCGGCGUCACU